GAUAAUCGUCAUCGGAAUGUGAAGAAGAAAAAUAAGAAGAGAUGGACACCGCACCGAUAAAAUGCUUUACAUAUUUCCUUGGCAGGUCCUUCGCCGGAGGAGACAUGCCAAGACGCAGGAAGCCUGCCGCCGCCUGCGACACGUUGGAGUGCAGACCCGAGGACAAAGAAGAUGAGAAAUCCGUUGAUGAUCCUGGCUUCCCUGAUGACUACCUGGACGACCUCGACACACUCGUCUCGGCUGUGGACACCGUCGUCUUGUGCCUGAACGUUCCGUUGAAACGUGGGCGUACCGGAGUACCGGAUGGCUGUAUCGUGACCCCGGACCUCAGGCGCGUGUUCACCGACCCGAAGACCUUGGUGGCUCGCAAGGAGGCCUUUGCGAACCUUGGCGUUUCGAGGGCCCUGUUCGCCGGCUGCGCGGCGUUCUCCUCGUCAAAGGCUUACCGUCGCGCCGCAAUGACGGUUCUGGCGGCAGCACGCUCCCUGUGCAUCAUUCACAACAGGGACAGCGUGUGCAAGCUGGCGAGCUGGUUCCCCUCGGUCACGGACUUGGCGCUGCCGCACAACCUGGCCUUCCGUGGCGUCUGCAGCCGUCAAGACUGUGAGGGCCACAGCGGCAGAAAGUCAUCCCUGGAGCGGAUCGUGGGCGACGCACCGGCGCUCGGGUCGGCCAACCUUGAGCUGGACGAGCCGCUCCUCUCCGACUGUCUGCUGGUGCUUCCCAAUAUAGUCUCCGUCCAUUCCGCCUUGGAUGCUGUGCUUCACAUAUGGGAUGUGCUGUCAGACGAAGUUGCGCUGGAUGACGUGGACUAUGCCUACUUGCGCAAGUGUCCGGAAGUGAUCCUGGGAAGCUGGCGUGAGCUGCCCGGCACCGCCCUGUCGUACAGAGAUGUAGGCGUCGCCGAGGUUACAGGCGCUAGGAGAUUCUGCCCCGCGGUUAAGAAACUUGAGGUGGUGUUUGAGAAGAAAGAGGCCCUGACCGCGGUCGUCGACUUCAAGCAGCUCACGAGCUUGUCCUUGAUGUUCGCCGGCAAAGGCAAGUGCCGCGCCGCGGAAACCGACCUGUCGAAGAUCGUUAGGCAGUUUGUCGAUUUGGAGCGGCUCGACCUGCAAUUCUUCAGCGACGUCGACCUACGAACCAUCUCCGAACACUGCCCGAAACUUACGAAUCUCUCGUUGCACGGUUGCACCCUCGCCUCCGACGACAUUGACGCCGCACUCCUGCCGAAGCGUCUUAGAUUCCUCCGCAUGGGACCGCCGAUUGAACCAAUAGCAACGUUUCAUUCGCUGCUCGAACGCAAUCGCGAGAUUCUUGACGUACUUCGGCUAGAAGGCGACGUCGCGUCCGCGGCGUUUCUCGCCGUUUGUGCCAAGACGGAGUUUCCGAGUCUUCGACGUCUGACGUUGGACACGAGUCGGUCGAUACGUCAACUGGGCACCCAGCUUGAAGACCUGCACGAAGUAGUCAAGAACCUGCCCGCGCUGAAGUGUCUGGUCACCGACAGCUAUGACCUGAGGCUGUACUUCGAGUGCUACGUCCCAUCGGUCGUGAUUUCGUGGUGCAUCUGCACGGUUUGCAUCACUGAAUGGUCCAGGCAGCACGUAGCGGACAGGUAGAAAUACAGUUUGUGACGGCCGAGUCAUUCGCUGGCACCUGGCUUUGUAGCCGCGCAUGACUUGAACCCAGCACACUUGAUACCCGCCCCAUUGAAAAAAAAAAAUAUGCUGCGCGUCAAAUAAUCCCAUAGGAACAAAUGGGAGUCUCGUAUAAAGACAUGUUCCCAUUAUAUAUCAUAUUGGUCAUGCCCCCGUAUGAUAUAUGGGAACAUACAGGUUUCUAUAUGGGGUUCCACGUGUUUAACUGGGAUUAUUAAAUGUGGCACUUAAAGGGUCUUUGAUUGAGCGGAAUACUUGAACGACGUAGCAUAGAGCCUGCUGGUAUUGAAGUGCUUAGUCAUGGACAGCCUAUGAUGGACUUCUUUGCACUACGUUUUCUCAAUAACCCUCUCGUGUUGUCUGGUACUGUCGUCCAUGUUGACUGGUCCAGGCAUCGUGGGAAUGAUACUGCAGGUGCUUAUAAAUUGUACAGACCAAACUUGAUAAACUUUGGCACUCGCGUUCAUGACACGAGUUGGGACGGUUGUAUUGUCGCGGCAACUUUCUCAAGUCGCCGCUGUACAACACUCAAGCUUUGAGACAUAGUUUUUGCGCGACAACUGGCUUGCAAGGUCGACACGUUGUUUUAAGACGCUCCGACGACUGCUUACUUUUAUUGCUUAUAAGCUGUUCCAUUUCUUCCUGUGACGUUUUUGGAGUACAACACUGACAGGCAGAAGACUUGGCCAUGAUGUAUUUUACUUACAGAAUUUAUUAAUAAACGUAGUGACGUUUAUUUAUAUUGUUGAAAAGCUGUAGUCAUCAUUAAAGUUAGAAGAAACAUUUCGUAUGUAAAACCAAUGUAAUGGAAUCCCCGACAUAGAGACUACAUUUAACCUUAAGAACACAUUAGCGUAACUGAUUGGCUUGGCGCUCGCCGUCGUGCCCAGGGUGUUGAAUUAAAAAAAAAUGCCGGUUCCGUUCGUUUUCAACUGGCUCCGAUUUUGUUCCGGCUAAUUUUCGCUUCGGAGAAGAAAAAGAAAAUAUGACAUUUCGCUAACCAGUUCUCAACGCUGAUCCAGUUCGGAAGUAUGCUAUACUUUAGCCUCGCUCUUGUCAACACGUUGCACAAAUGCUCUGAUCUGUGCACGAGCACAAGUCUUGUCAGGUGGACGGAGAGGCUGACUUCCUGGAAUAUGGCAAACGACAACUGAUGCUUUUUUACAUAAUAGGCUCUUGAGCCACCACUUAAACAUUUUUUAAUCAUCACAUACAAUUCAACGCAGUUAAACGUAAUACAACCACAGGGGGCAUACGGAUAAAGACAGCGAUUUUAUACACGUCGAGAGAUUGGACGGAAAAUACACUGUAGAAAGAGCUCGCUUGUUUCACGCAUUCCUUCCUGAAAAAAUUUGCGCCGCUAUGACUGGCGAGAUCACCUUUGACAAGCCACACGCAUGCGCACUUUUUGAAGAGGGAGAAAGAAAAAAAAAACGAGCCGAAGGGUGAGAGUGAAAUACUUGCAGCAAAUCUUGUGAGGGCUCCUACAACAGCGCAUGCGCAGCAUGCACAGUUCUUCCGCCGCCUGCCCUCACAAGCCUGGGCUCCGCUGUAGUAAAUGCUGCGAGAAGCGUUUUUACAACGUCUGCUCUUGGCUGAAAAACUGAGCGGCUGUGCAUGCAAGCUGUGGCGGCAAGGUAUUUCAGUUGUUUCACCAACUGACUGGACCUAGUAUUGUGCCUCUACAUCUGCCGGGCAGCUACAGCUUGGCCGUAGCAGCCGACGACCGAUUCGACCUCGGUGACGCUAAUCUCCCGUCGCCACCUCCAGCAAAAGUCGGUUUCGACGGCGCAACUGCGGCGUUUGUGACCAAACGCCGACCUUCGAUACUGGCUAUGAAAAAGAAGAAGCAGGCCAAACCUAACGCCAAAAAACCGGCAGAGGGCAGCAAGAUAUCGAUAUCUGCCGCGGCGGCGGAGCCAUUGGCGUCGGCGUCGGCGAUCCCAUCGACGGUCACCAAGCACUCCGAGGCAGCAUCAUUAACACAGGAGUGCGCCAGCAAGGCUGUCGACAAGACUCCCAAGCCGACCCAAGAGAAGCAGCCUACGGAAGGCGCUCGUGACCAGUCGCAUACCACCCAAAGUCAUCCGUCGGCCACGAUCGUGGCGCACGCCGGUCCUGGCGGAGACACCGGGAACAUGGGCCGAAACACGACCGUGUACCGGGUCUACGUCAUUGCCGCCUUCGUCAUUGCUGUCUUGACCGGUGUGGCCGUGCUCCUGAUGGUGCUGAUGUGGCGUAAACGGAGCCGGAAAUCCGUGGUCGGCGCAUCCACGUCCGUUCGGCCACCGGUCCUUGCGCUGAUACUGAGCGCGUGAUAACGGUCGUUGCAGAAUUUGGGGGCCGGACCACUCUGCAGGGCCGUUUUGAUUGUAGUGCACUCAUGCCUUCGCCCAUCGCCCACCUUUGCCUCGCGGCCACUGAUUUCAGCCGGGUACCUACUCCACCCAGCGACGGAUGAAUCGAGGAGCAGGUGACACUGAAAUGUCAAAGAGCAGAACUUCAGGCGACUUUGCCUCGCGUGCCUUCGAAGUGAAAUGCUCCAGGCUGGUCUCACGUGUGCCUAAGGACCGCCAAUAUAUGUACACAGGCGCGGGUCAAAACGGUGCAUACCGAUAUCGCGAUGACCGGAAGCGUAGCGAUCAUGGGCGAAGCGCUACCUUAACAGCCAUGAAUAUCAGAAUACUUGCGGACAGUCGAACAAAGGCGUGCGCAGUGGUGUUUAACGUUUCGAUAUGAACUUCCCUGUAGAAUAAUUGAGUAGUUUGCGCGCAGUGAUUAAACUCAAUGAAAUAGUU